ACUGUGGGCGGUGUUGGAGAAAGCAGCUGUCAUGGCGGAGCUGAGUGAGGCGCUACUUUCUGUGCUACCGUCUAUCCGGGUGCCCAAGGCCGGGGACCGCGUCCAUAAGGAUGAGUGCGCCUUCUCUUUCGACACUCCGGAAUCAGAUGGAGGCUUAUAUAUUUGUAUGAACACAUUCCUGGGAUUUGGAAAGCAAUAUGUGGAGAAAUAUUAUGAAAAAACAGGCCAGCGGGUCUAUUUACAUCUUAAGAAAACACGCAGAUUGAAAGAAGAAGAUAAUAAUUCCAGUGCUGGUGAUCCUCCCCGGAAGAAACCAACCCGUCUAGCUAUUGGUGUGGAAGGUGGAUUUGACAUCCCAGAGGAGAAAUAUGAAUAUGAUGAACAUGUCAAAAUAGUUAUUUUACCAGACCAUUUGGAUAUCCCUCAGGAUGGACUAGAUGGUCUGCCAGAUAUGGUUAAGGACAGGAUUUCUAGUGCAAUUGAAGCUAUUCUGACAGCAGAUUCUGCCUCCCGUAAACAGGAGGUGCAGGCUUGGGAUGGGGAGGUUCGGCGUGUGUCCAGGCAUGCCUUUUCACUUCAGCAGCUCGAGAAUGGUGUGCGUAUCCCUCCUUGCGGCUGGAAAUGCAGCAAGUGUGACAUGCGGGAGAACCUGUGGCUUAACAUGACAGAUGGCUCCAUCUUGUGUGGACGGCGUUACUUUGAUGGCAGUGGAGGCAACAACCAUGCUGUAGAACAUUACAGAGAAACUGGUUACCCCUUGGCUGUAAAGUUGGGAACCAUCACUCCCGAUGGAGCUGAUGUCUACUCUUACGAUGAGGAUGAUAUGGUUCUAGACCCCAAUCUGGCUGAGCACCUGGCUCAUUUUGGGAUUGAUAUGCUUAAAAUGCAAAAGACUGACAAGACAAUGACCGAGCUAGAAAUUGAUAUGAACCAGCGGAUUGGAGAGUGGGAGUUAAUUCAGGAGUCUGGGGUGCAGCUCAAACCACUCUAUGGCCCUGGCUAUACGGGUAUCCGUAACCUUGGAAACAGUUGCUAUCUCAACUCAGUAGUGCAGGUGUUGUUCAGCAUACCAGACUUCCAGCGGAAGUAUGUAGACAAAAUAGAGAAAAUAUUCCAAAAUGCUCCUGCAGAUCCUACACAAGACUUCAGCACCCAGGUAGCCAAGCUUGGUCAUGGGCUUCUGUCUGGGGAAUAUUCAAAACCUGCUUCUUCAGGUGGAGAACAACAGUUGGACCAGAAGGGCAUACAAGACGGCAUUGCGCCGCGUAUGUUUAAAUCUCUUGUUGGUAAAGGUCAUCCAGAGUUUUCUACUAAUCGGCAGCAAGAUGCUCAAGAAUUCUUCCUGCACUUCAUUAACAUGGUGGAGAGGAACUGCCGUAGCUCUGAAAACCCAAAUGAGGUCUUUCGCUUCUUAGUGGAAGAGAAGCUCAAGUGCUUGGCCACAGAGAAAGUGAAAUACACCCAGCGUGUUGAUUACAUUUUGCAGCUCCCAGUACCCAUGGAAGCAGCCCUGAAUAAAGAUGAGUUGCUAGAAUAUGAAGAAAAGAAACGACAGGCAGAAGAAAAAAAGCAGCCACUGCCAGAACUGGUCCGUGCCAAGGUACCUUUCACCUCCUGUCUUGAGGCCUAUGGAGCCCCAGAACAAGUUGACGACUUCUGGAGCACAGCCUUGCAAGCCAAGUCUGUGGCACUCAAAACAACCAGGUUUGCCUCCUUUCCAGAUUAUCUAGUGAUCCAGAUCAAGAAAUUCACUUUUGGCCUAGAUUGGGUACCCAAAAAACUUGAUGUGUCCAUUGAAAUGCCUGAAGAGCUGGACAUCUCUGCACUUCAGGGGACAGGAUUGCAACCUGAGGAGGAGGAGAUGCCUGAUAUAGCACCCCCACUGGUGACACCAGAUGAGCCCAAAGGUAGCCUGGGUUUCUAUGGCAACGAGGACGACGACUCCUUCUGCUCCCCUCACUUCUCCUCUCCAACAUCCCCCAUGUUGGAUGAGUCUGUGGUUACUCAGUUAGUGGAGAUGGGUUUUCCAAUGGAUGCCUGCCGCAAAGCUGUAUAUUACACAGGGAACAGUGGGGCUGAGGCAGCAAUGAACUGGGUCAUGUCCCACAUGGAUGAUCCAGAUUUUGCAAAUCCUCUAGUUCUUCCGGGAUCCAGUGGGCCUGGUUCCACCAUCACCUGCCCAGAUCCCCCAUCUGAAGAUAGUGUGGCAACCAUUGUCUCUAUGGGCUUUUCCCGGGAUCAGGCUAUGAAAGCACUAAAAGCUACGAAUAACAGCCUUGAGCGGGCUGUGGACUGGAUCUUCAGCCAUAUUGAUGAUCUAGAUGCAGAAGCUGCCAUGGACAUCUCAGAGGGACGUUCAGCUGCAGAAUCUAUCUCUGAAUCCAUUCCCGUGGGGCCGAAAGUUCGUGAUGGACCUGGAAAAUACCAGCUUUUUGCUUUCAUCAGUCACAUGGGCACAUCUACUAUGUGUGGUCAUUACGUCUGUCAUAUCAAGAAGGAUAAUAGGUGGGUGAUCUAUAAUGACCAGAAAGUUUGUGCCUCAGAGAAGCCCCCCAAAGAUCUUGGGUACAUCUACUUUUACCAGAGGAUCCCCAGCUAGGACCUUCUCCUUCAGGGUGUGCAGCAAGAAUCAGCUGAUGUUGGGAGGACGGGAAAUUACAGAGAUGAAAAUGAAGAAGAGGGACAACUUUCCAUCCUUAGGUGUUCGUAUACCACUGCUGCAGCCCCAGAGACAGGAUUCCUUCACGUGGAAGCUGGAGUCUGGUGCCCCUGUGGACACUGAUGGAGGGUUGGGGGGCUUGGGUGGAUUUGAACCUCUGUGUAAAAGCAGGAAGAAAAAUAGCAUCUCACUGAACCAGUCAUCCAAGGCUCAUCCAUGCACAUGGUUUCUUCUUGGUGUAACUAUAACACUCUGGGACAGUUUAGAGAAUGGUGGGCAUGAGAGGAAGCAGUUGAGUGUGUGUGGCUUUACGUACUAGAUAGGAUGGGUUCCCUCACCUGCCUGAAAACCAUUCAGGAAUAAUCUGGCCAUAAAGUAGAACCUGUUACUCAUGUGCCUCUGAAAUGCCAAAAACACACAGGAUCAAAUAAAAACCUUGUACCCUCCUUCA